CCUUGACAGUACCUGCCUUGGGCAGGUUGUGUCGUCUUCCUCCUCGGAGGCUUGAAGAGGUAGAACACAGGAGGCUCUAAACCAUAUGUGUGGAGCUGGGUCCAGGUUACAGAGUAUUUUGAUCAUACGACCUCUAUAAGAUGCCUCGGUGUCGUUCCUUUUUCAUCUCAUGAGCUCUCGAGAUCCUCACACAUUCAUUGAACCAUCUGAGACGACCAUCUCUAUUGCCUCCCUUCACUUUCCUUAUGCUUCUUGAGUAGAAACAACAUUCCUUCAGUUGCAGAACCCAAUCCUACCUGGCAUACAAGUGCAACGCUUCCCAUACAUUGAUCUACUGUAAGUUGGCGCUUGCCUCACAAAGCGUGUGUCGAUCACAAGCAGGAAGAAAUUCCACAUCAAAUGCUGACCUACAUUACAAGAUUAAGACCCGUCAAGCAUCGCGUUCUUGGCUGUACUUACUCGGAGCAAUCGAACCUACACUGGUCGAACUCAGAAGACGACAUUGAGGACCAGAAACUCAUUAACACCAACGGCUGGACAUUUGUUCAUCUUUAUCUCCAGAUACUGAGAACAAAGUGUGGCCAACACUCUGCAAAUCAACAACAACUUGAGCUACGAAACCCAUUUUCGGAAGUGAGUUUAGAGGUCUACAUCGAUUCCUUGGUGAUUUUACAUUCCUCGGGAGGGGUUCCUCGGCCCCUCGGAUACCUGCUGGCUCUUUCCACAAGUGCAAUGUGUUGCUUGUUACAAGUGGGAACCAACAUUCCUGCCUCCGGCUGCGCUGUCUCUCCCUCCGCUCGUUACUCCCUUCCCGUCUCAUUUCCCAUUCAAUUGUCUCCCGUACCUCAUCUUACCCCGUUCCUGCAGUUCUUGGAACAAGACAUCAAGCCCCUGCCGAGCAACUUUGUUGUAUGAUUGGGACGCGAGAAGUCACAGCCAGGUACCAAGGACGCCCCCGUGGGGGUGGAGGACUGACGCUACUUGAAUACGCCAUGCCCGCCAUCUCUGCCUCAUUUGGUGUUUCUCGUCUUUUCCAUCUUCUUGUCUUCGUUCCCUCGUCCUAUACUAUUGCUCGUCGCCGUUGGCUUCGUGUAGUGCAAAGCUGUAUCGACAGCGAUUCGUUCCUUUCCUGCUGAUGUUGUUGCUUUCGUUGUAGUCACUCAUUUUCUGACCCUACCAUUCUUCUCUCUCGUUCAAUCCUGAUUCCAAACCUGUUUAACUCACGAAUCUGUCGCUACAUAGCCUAACUUUGAACAAUCCUGUUCCAGCGAAAUCCAACUUCGACCGAAGCCUAAAACCACGGGCGUCUAAAUCACCAUAUUCUCUGGUAUUUUUACUUUGCCUAAAUCGGGCCCAAUCACCACGCGUCACUACGCUAGAAAAGUCGCAAAACGGAAAUGAAGUCUACCGGUAUCUCGUCAACACUGGCGCUCGCUGCCUUGCUUGGGCUCUCGGCUGCUCAUCCCAAAGGCACUAGAGAUGUCAAAGGAGCAAUUUUUGGGCCCGAGAAGAUCCUCGUGACUGAUUCUUCACUCAACGAGGCGACCGAGGCCCCUCAAGUAGUUGUCUAUGUCGACGAAGAGGGCACCCCCUUGGAAACGACCGUCGAAACGGUCCGCUUCGUGCCGCCAUCGCAAUCAGCCAAACGCCCCUCUAAGCCUGUAGAUCUCAAAUCCCGAUCUGAGGAACUAGCCACCCGCGUUACCUCGUCACGAGAUCUUACCAGUGACCUCCUAGGCUCUUCUUCUCCGUUGGUCGCCUCGACGACCACUUCACUCUCCCUGUCUUCAACAUCAUCCUCUACGCCAACGCCUUCCUCCCUCACUUCGAACUCGACUCUCACUUCAAACUCAACCCUGAACGGAAUUGCAUAUGCCCCUUACACAGCAGCGGGACUGUGCAAGACAGCCGCUGAGAUCGACGCGGACUUCACGGAGCUCAAGGGGAAGUACUCGGUAGUGCGCACCUACGGUACCGACUGCAAUCAGAUCGCGAACGCCCUUCCCGCGGCUAAGAAGGCCGGUCUCAAGCUCUUCUUGGGUAUUUUUGACAUCAGCUCAAUCUCUGACCAAGUCGCGGCCAUUAGUACGGCGGCUAACGGCGACUGGUCUCUGAUCGAUACUGUCAGUGUCGGCAACGAAUUGGUCAACAAUGGCAAGGCCACAGCACAGCAAAUCGUAACAGCUGUCGGGGAGACACGCCAGCUCCUACGCGCUAAAGGUUACACCGGCCCUGUCGUAGCUGUUGAUACCUUUGUAGCGGUUCUUGCCAACCCUUCACUUUGUGAUGCUUCCGACUACUGCGCGAUGAACAUUCACCCCUUCUUCGACAGCAACACGGCGGCAAAGGACGCUGGCGCCUUCAUCACCAACACGGUUGCUCAGGUCCAGGCCAAGCUCACCGACCGAAGCAAGCGUAUCGUCUGCACGGAGACGGGUUGGCCAUGGAAGGGAAAUUCCAACGGUGCCGCUGUGCCAGGUCUUUCUGAGCAAAAGUUGGCCGUCGACUCAAUCAAGAAUGCAUACGCAAGCCAUCCGAAUGAUGUGAUUCUCUUCUCUGCUUUCAACGACCUCUGGAAGCAUGCCGAGGCAGCGACCUUCAAUGCGGAGCAGUACUGGGGCAUUGGAGCUUUGUACUCGGCGUCUGGAAAAUAAGUAGAAGGGCUGCUAGAGGAGGAAGCGAGAUGGUCGUUUGUUUCUGCUAGGCUGCGGGCAAGCCAAGGACGAGGCGGAUACGUAUGAUUAUUUUUUUUGUUGAAAUGACGAGUAUCAAAACUUUCGUGUAACAUGUAUUACAAAACAAGUUCUUUUUUGGAAUGAAUUUCUGUUCAACUGCAUCUUCCUUCAUGGCCUAGGCCAUGCGUGCAUUUUUAUGUCUUCAGAGAUUCUUGUCUCAUGAUCUACUGAAGUUCACCAGGCUGACGCAAUCUGAGUUGUGAAGAGACCGGCGCAGCUUCUUUUUGGUUCCCAACUUUCAUUCUUAGGGGACCUCUGCAAGGCUACAAGUGAAACCCGUGGCAUUAGGUCAGGCAAGGCAAGUAGGUAGAACUGUCUUUGUCUAAUCCGAUGGCCCUCCGUGGCCAAGCACCGGUCGACCGGGCCGUCGGGACCCACACGUCCGACAGUACCUGAUAAGGCCUGUUCGAUCUGGUCGUUCGAUGGGAGUGGCCCCCAGGGAAAAGGAGACGGGAAAAUGUAUACAUGUGAUCGCGAUGGGGGCAAGCGAGGGCAGCUCAGAAGAAAGGAAGUGGAAGUUAGUUAUUUGGUUCAUUUACC